GAUCCUCUACCGUUUGAAGACCCAAAGAUCAUCAAACUGUCAAUCACGCUCAAAUCAUACGGUCCUUGUUCAUCCACCAGACUGUAGUUCCUGUCUCCUUAGAACUCAAGGAUACAGAGGUACAACCUAUAGAACAGAUCCUGUUCAAGUAAGGUCGUGACGCCUUGCCCGUCUUGGACUUAAUAAAUAUCUAUUUUUUCAUCAGGGAAUUAUCGAUGUGGGACGCACUGCUUCUGUCCGAUCCUAACAAUCAUUUUAUGUGAGGUUGUUUCUGUAAUUUUGCAUUACCAAAACAACGUCGUCUUAAUGAAUCAGUUUUCGGAAAACGUGCUCUUAAGCCCUAAACCAAGCAGCCCCUAAAAUGUAAAUUUUGAAAAACGAAACAUUUUCAGAAGUAGAGAAAUCUUCUGCUUCUGAUCUCAGAGUUUCGAUGCUUUUGAACCCUAAAAGAAUCGCCACAUUGCAUUCAAGGGUUUCCAUACUCUCACUUCUGAGGCGCCACUCCACCCUGCCUCCAAACCCUAACCCUACAACCCCUCUCACCAAACCCCAACUCAAAGCUCUCGUCAUCAACCACUACAGCCGCGGCAAAUUCUCGAACCUAAUCCAAAACGUCGUCGCUUCGCCUCCAGUCCUCCUCUUGGCUUGUCAAAACCUAACCCCUCGAAGCAAUGAUGUUAACUCCCUCGCCUCACCCGCCGUCGCCUUACGGUUUUCGGUGGAAGAACUGGGUCGCGAACUCGGCGAGAACCGCUUCGACGUUGAGUCUUGCUGUGUCAGAAUGGUGCCGUCGAGGAAGAAAGGUGAGUCGCUUGUUCUUCCAAAUUUGAAAUUGAAGGUUGUGAUUGAAGCUAUUCGGAUGGUGUUGGAAAUUGUGUAUGAUGAACGGUUGGUGACGUUUGCUUAUGGUGGACGCGUGGGAAUGGGAAGGCACACGGCCAUCCGGUAUCUGAAGAACUCGGUGCAAAAUCCUAAUUGGUGGUUUAAAGUUACAUUUGAUAGAGAAAAGUUCGAGCAUAAAAAUGUCAAUAAACUGUGUUUGAUUAUCGAAGAGAAGAUAAAAGAUACUGUUUUGAUUGGUAUUGUAAGGAAAUUGUUUGAGUGUGAAGUGUUGCAAAUUGAAUUAGGGGGUUGUUACUUGGGAAGGGGUUUUCCUCAAGAAUGUGGGUUGAGUUCAAUUUUGAUUAAUGUUUACUUUAAUGGGUUUGAUAAGGAAAUUCAAGAUCUUAGGAUUAGGACCAACCAGGAAAAUCCUAGAUUUGAUUCAAAUGAGGUUUUAUCAGGAUCAAGCGUUUUCUAUAAGCCCGUCAAGAUAUAUGCUGUUAGGUACUUGGAUGAGAUACUAGUAAUCACAUCUGGAUCAAAAAUGUUGACCAUGGAUUUGAAGAAUCAGGUAAUGAAGUUUUUAGAAGGGAAGUUAGAAUUAAAGGUAGAUAGAUUGAAAAUGGCUAUUCAUAGUGCAACAAUGGAGAAGAUUGAUUUUUUGGGGAUGGAACUUCAGGCUGUUCAACCUUCAGUUUUGCGUCCACCUAUGUCAGAAAAGGCAAUUAGAGCACAGAAAAAGUAUUUAAGACAGAAGGAGGUUAAAGCAAUAGAGUUGAGAAAUGCUAGAGAAACUAAUAGGAAGAAACUAGGGUUGAAAAUAUUGGCUCAUGUCUUUAAGAAGUUGAAGCAGAGUGAUGAAUUUAAAUUUGAUUUCCAUAUUGAGAAUGAAGUUAGAGAAAUCUUUAGAACUUGGGCUGAUGAAGUAGUGAAAGAGUUUCUUGGGUCCUUGGAAGAGCAGGCAAACUGGUACAGGAUGCUCUCAGUUGGUGAUUUUCUCUCUUUGAGACAUAUUAGACAUCAAUUGCCACAAGAGCUUGUUGAUGCAUACGAUCAUUUCCAAGAGCAAGUUGACAAGCAUAUUAAGCCAGUCAAAGCUAGAAAGGCUUUGGAAGAAGCAGAAAGGAGAGUAGUGGAAGAGGAGGAACAGAAAUAUGCUGAGAGAACAGUUCAAGAAUUGACAAGGCUAUGCAUGAAGGUUGAUGCACCCAUAGAACUUGUGAGGAAGGCGGUUAAAAUGGCUGGAUUCACAAAUAACAUGGGUCGUCCUAGGCCAAUCAAGUUACUCAUUGCUCUUGAAGAUACUGAUAUUAUCAAGUGGUAUGCUGGUGUAGGAAGAAGGUGGCUUGAUUUCUUCUGCUGCUGUCACAACUUUAAAAUGGUGAAAACUGUUGUGACUUAUCACUUAAGGUUCUCUUGUCUCUUGACAUUAGCAGAAAAGCAUGAGUCCACCAAACUUGAGACCAUCAGGCAUUAUACCAAGGAUCUGAAAGUCUCCGAUUUUAAUGGAAUUGAAGAAGUGCACUUCCCUGCAGAAAGGGAGAUCAAGAUGAUGGGAGAUAAGAAUCUUUCAGACCCUAAACCUGUGGAUGGGGCUUUAUCUUUGGCUUUGAUCAGAUUGGCAUCUGAUGAGCCUGCGUAUUCUUGUGUUGCUCAUUUCUGUGAUAGAAAAGAUACCAUUGUUUAUCGAGUACGAUUACUGCAGAACCGUUUGAAUGUGAACCCCUUGGAUGAAAAGAAGUGGGUUCCAGGAAUGGGAGCAAUCCAUGAAGGUUUGAACAGGAAGUGCUUGCCUCUCUGUUCUGAUCACAUUCAUGAUUUAUACAUGGGUACAAUUUCACUUCAGGACAUCGAUUGUACUUCGUUUGUGGAUGUGGACUAAAUCAUGCUUGGAGUCCUUGUUCUCAAUUGCCAAAGGUCGCAACUGACAUGAAACCUAGGUCAAGAAAUUGUUGUGUACUUCCUUAUUUAAGUGCAGCCUAAUCAUUGAUUUGUACUAGGUUUCCCAUUCAGAUUGACUUAUUCUUGUGUUGGCUCAGUUCUGUGACGGAGCAGAUGCUGUCUGUCAAAUCCAGUUACUGCACAACCAUUUGAAUGCAAACCCUCUAAAGAAAACAAGUGGAUUUUGGAAUGAAUUCUCCAUGAGAGUUGGUUGAAUCUGAAAGGCUUACUCCCUGUCAUCAUGUGUACAUGCAUAAAAUUCCUCAGGUCAUUGUGAUGUGGAAUGGUCUGCUCCAAAGGCUGCAGAUGAUCCAAAGCAGAGGUUGAGCUAUUGUAGUAUGUUUUUUUUUUUUUUUCCUUAGAAGCUUAUCUAUUAAUGCAUACAACUUUUCCAUUCAGAUUGAUUUAUACAAUUGUGUAUUCCUAUGUAAUUUAAAUGCAUAAAUAAUACAAAUAUCACAUUCUUUGAGUUC